AUGUUGAUCAAGGAGAGCUACGCCGACGUCAAGACCUCUGCCAAUGGCAAGGAGUCGACGAUGAUGACCGGUCCCGUUGCCCGUUUUGCCCGCCAAAUCGCCGGUCAAGGCUACAUCGUCGCCGCCCCGAGUAGCUAUCACGACUUUACCGGCCCCGAGCCUCUCGCCUAUGAUGUUCCCGGCACCGAUCAAGGCAAUGAGUGGAAGGUAGUCAAGACGCUGGACUCAUACGAUGAAGACUCGCGCAGGACGGUCGACUACCUCCUGUCCCUGCCGACCUGCACUGGGCGCAUUGGCGCGACGGGCAUGUGUCUGGGCGGCCAUCUUGCGCUAAGAGCUGCUCUCGACCCUCGCAUAACCGCUGCCAUUCCCUACUUCGGCACCGACAUCCACUCGCGUACCCUCGGUCCCAACGACGGCCCCAACACCUCACCCUCCGCUCCCGCUCUUCGCCCCGAUCCGACAACCGCGUCCGGCUUUGUCGCCCCUCACACCAUUGACCAGUUCGACAAACUCAGGCACUGCGAAGUGGCCAUGAUCUUCGGUGUCAAGGACACACACGUGCCCGACGCCGGGCGCGAUCUAAUUCGCGCCAAGCUGCGCGAGGCUGGAGUGACGUUCAGCUUCUACGAGUUUGCGUGGGCGCAACACGCGUUUAUCAGGGACGAGUUGAGCAAGGGGCGGUACGAUCCGGCGAUUACCAAGGUUUGCUUUGAGGUUCUAUUGGAGACCUUUGGGCGGGUUUUGAAGACGGACUUGGGCCAGGGGACGGGCGAAAAGGAGGAGGUGGAGCACGUUUGUUAG